GAUUUGCUUUCCAUGAGCGGCUUUAAUUUCCUCUGGCAGAACCCUCUGCUGGCUUUCAAAGAAAAUCAAAGGAAUAGGGACAGUGGAAAAUAAAAAAAAGGAGCACGGAGGCUGUAGCUCCGCACCCUGCUGGGAGACUGAGGAAAGGAGUGGAGGUGGUGGGAGGCGCUGUCAAAGCUUUAGCUCCACCCCUAACCUAUAAGUGCACCUGAACGGCCUGUCAGCCCAUAGGCAGCAGCUGUCUCCCUCAUGUUCACUGGCUCCCCCUGAUCCUAGGCAGUAUGCUCCUCUUGUGGACGGCCCUGUUGAGCUUAUUGCUGGAACUGGAAGCAGCACGGCCAAGGAACUCCUGGGACCUGGGCAGCUCCACACGCUGCGUACCCAUUCCUCCAGGCAUGGUGCUCUGCCAGGACAUCGGCUACACCGAGAUGCGCCUCCCCAACCUGCUAGAGCACGACACACUGGGGGAGGUGACACAGCAGGCUGCCAGCUGGCUCCCUCUGCUGGCUAGAGAGUGCCACCCACAUGCUAGAAUCUUCCUAUGUUCUCUUUUUGCCCCAAUCUGCCUUGACAGGUUAAUCUACCCCUGCCGCAGUCUUUGUGAGGCAGUCAGGUCCAGCUGUGCUCCAAUUAUGGCCUGCUAUGGCUACCCCUGGCCGGAGAUUCUAAACUGCAACAAGUUCCCAGCAGAACACCUCAUGUGCAUCUCCUCCAUAUCUAACCAGACAUCUUCAAACCGACACGUGAUACCACGAGCAAGCUGCAGAGACUGUGAGCUGAGAGAAGCUGCAUCGGUGAAGGAAAUCCUGGACACUUUCUGCAGUAAUGACUUUGCAGUGAAAAUCAGAAUCUCAAAGAGCAACUUCAGUUCACCCAGCAUUUCCCAAUUCAACAUGGAUGCACGAAUAGAUGUGUUGAAGCAUGGUCCCCUGCUACGGGGAGAGAUUCGGCCAAAGUUGCAGCGAUGGUUGGACCUGGACAUUACCUGUGUGCAGAAUCUCAUGCGAAUGGCACAGUCUGGUGUUUAUAUCAUAGCUGGUAAGGUACAGGGUGACCGGCUUGUGGUUAACAAAGCCUAUUCCUGGCACCGUCGAGAUAAGAAUCUUAUGGCAGCAACACGCAAGUGGAAACAGCACCGCUGCCGGAGUCAGUGACCACGAUAGAAGUAAAUUUUCAAUAACCAAAAAGGCAAGCUAAGGAGGGGCUUUAUUUAGCUAUAUAACCUUUCAUAGUGCCCACUGCUCUAAACUAAAGAGAGCACCUUUCAGGGUGAGAAACCAGCGCUUAGCACUUUACAUAUCAGAUGCACUGCAGCACCCAAAGUUAGGUAAUGAAAAGGUAAGCAAGGACAUUAGGGUACAAUGACAGCAUGCAUAGGCAGUAGUCACUCAUGUGGACUGUCCAUACUCCACAUAAGAAUGCAUCUCCCAGUCUCCUAUUUAGCUUCCUAAUAGAUAAGCAACUUCUUGUUGCUGAAGCUUAGAGAUGCUAGCAGUGGGAUAGUACUGAGGAAGAGUACCCCAAUUUAUCCUACAAAUAGUCCAGUUUAAUCUGUCAUUUGGACACUAUCACACCAUACCCAAUAUAACAUCCAGGUGAGGCAGCAUUACCAGGUGCCAAAUUCAGCCUCCUAGUAGAACAGUAAUUCUCAGUGCCCAACUUAACUUUCCAAUGGGACAGUAUUGCCCAGUGCCUAAUUUAACCUCCAAGUAAGACACUAUCGCCCAGGACCCAGUUCAGCUUUCAAACUGGACAUUGCCACUUGGUGCCCAAUUCAACCUUCUGGUGGAACAGAUCUGCCAAAGUGCUCAGUUCAACUUCCCAGUGGGACUGUGUCUCCUAUUUGCCCAUUAAGCCUUCAAGUACAGUAGUAAGAAAUCUCCCAGUCACCCACUCAGUAUCAUUGUUGGUUCAGCAGCCUAACACUUUUGUGUCUUCCAGUUUCCCACUCAGUCCACUAGGAGCAACAAUUCCACAAUUGAAAAUUUCCAAAAGUGCAAUUCCCUCAGGCAUACACAUAUCCCUUCACUGAAUCACUCAAUACAAACAGCACCUUCCAUUCACCUGUUCAUUCAUCCCGCAGGAGAGCAUUUUGUAAUUUCUUAAUUUAUCAUCCUAAUAUCUCUCAGUUGUCUAGUCUGUCAUCCCUUAUGGCGGAAUUUUCCAGUACGUUUACUUCCCUCUUUCCUGCAUCAACAGACUUCUAGUUGUCCUUUCAAUCUCUCUAAAGGGGUAUGCCUCAGUUUCUCAUUCAGCCUUCCCCGCAGAAUGCCCUCUCCCAGUCAUUCAUAUAACCUGUCAGUAGAAUUACAUCUCCCAGUAGGAAAGCACCUACAUGAUCAGGUAAUCUUUCCACCCCCAUACCUCCCAGUAGCACCCAAUUCUGCCUUUAGUAGGAAUGUGUUUCCGGGCCACCUUAUCAGUCUCCCACAACGAUCAGCACAAAGUUGGCCACUCAUCUUCCUAGGGAUUCAGAAUCUCCUAGUCACCUGGACAAUUAAAUUCCCUUUGCAU